AUGGAGGAGAAUGCAAACUUACGGGCUUCGCACAGAUGGGACGAGAACGUACAGAAGUUUGGAUCAUCGGUUUUUUUUCCCUCCGCUGCUCCACUCGCCAUGAGGGAUUUCCGAGACGGAGGUCGGGGCUCCUGGAUGGUUUGGGUUGAGGUCAGUGCAGAUACCACAGCAAUGACGGAAGGUAUGGGCCAUUGGCUCGACAUAGACAUAGAAGAUCAGAAUCAAGAUUUGAAGUUUCUCAUCUACGCCAAACAGCAUAUCGACGAAAAGCUUGCGGAAGUUUUGCGAAAUCAUCAUGAGAGGAGUGAAGGAAAUCCACGGUCUGCAUGGACUGAUUUGGAAGAGAGACUCACCUUGCGUAUAUCAUUGUUUGCAAUCAACCGCCAACAGGAAGCGCGCGAGAGGCCUGGCGUGUUGAAUUGUCCGUAA